UUCGUCAGUCGGACCCACAUGUAGUUUCCUCGUUCUUUCUAAAAUUCAUCUUUAAAUAGUAAUUUGUUGUGAAGAAAACUUCCAUUGAAGAUACUCAUGGAUAGAUCAGUUCAUCUUCUCAUUCUUCUGCUUUGUUUUGUAUGCACUGAAACUAUCCAGUUCUGUUCUUGCAGGGGAGAUUCGAUAGCAUUUUUCAAAGAAAAUGAGAGGCAAGCCCUUCUAAAGUUCAAAGAAGGUCUCACAGAUCCCACCAACUUGCUAUCUUCAUGGGUGGGUCAUGAUUGUAGCAAAUGGAGAGGAAUAAUCUGCAACAACAGAACGGGGCACGUCGUCAAGCUCGACCUCCGAAACCGACGUCCAUUCAACAUCGAUGAUUACAAGAGGUGGUCUUUGGGCGGUGAGAUACUUCCUUCUUUGCUCGAGUUGAGACAUUUGAACUACCUAGACUUGAGCAUGAACAAUUUCAGAGGGAUCAGCAUCCCAGACUGGAUAGGUUCAUUUAAGAAACUGAAAUAUCUUAACCUGUCAAGGUCGGGUUUUGGUAGAACAAUCCCUCAUCAUCUUGGUAAUUUGUCAAGCUUGCAUUUUCUUGAUCUCAAUAACGACCUUGGUGUGUAUUCACAAUAUCUUCUUCUUCCUGAAUUGGAUGCUAACAAUCUUCAAUGGCUCUCGCUUCUUUCUUCCCUGCGAUUCCUUGACAUGGGACGAGUGAACCUUCGUAUGGCAACUGAUUGGCUACAAGUAACCAAUACACUUCCUUUGUUGGAAGAGUUACGGUUAGCCCGUUGCCAACUUCCCAACGUUCCUGUUUCCCUUCCACAUGUUAAUUUUACUCGUCUUUCCUUUCUCGAUCUUUCUUCAAACUCCAUCGGCUCAAAGAUGCCUGCUUGGUUGUUUAAUUUGAGCAGUCUUCUUUUUCUUGAUCUUGGAGGAAACAGUAUUCAUGCUCCCAUCCCUAAUGCUCUUGGAAAUCUUUGUACUCUGCACACCUUGGAUUUGUCCUGGAACUUUCUCGAUGGAGAAAUAACUCAGCUUGCCAAAAGUUUCAGUUGUUUAAUUUGA